AUGGCACCAAAACGAAACAAACAACCAACAACUAAACAUCAUCAACCUAAUAAUCAACGAAGUCCUACCCAUCAUAGACCUUCUUCUCACUCCUCUUCAGGGGCUGGGAAUUAUCAGUCUGAUGGUAACAGUAGUAACGACAACAGUGGUUCUAUGAACUCGAACAAUACCUACAGUGGACGAACAUUGGAGGCUUCGAGUAAUACCACAACACCUCGUAAUUUCAAUUCCAACAAGACGUCCUCCCUCAAAAGAACAACAAGUAAUUCUUCGAUUGCUUCUUCGGACAGUGAAGGAAUUGGACAUAAUGACGGAUCAAACAACAACAACAAUAAUCGCAGCAACACCGUAAAACAUCAUAAUAGUGGUGGUUCUAACAGCUCCAAACCACAUCGUGCGAACACUCCUGGCAGCAACUUGCCUACAAGUACAGGGCAAGGAAGCAGUAAUUCCUCAUCUCCCACCUCUUCACCAAAUCCAGGUAACAAGCGAAAAACAAAUAUUCCACCACCUCUUGAUACAAGCAAUCUCAAUCACACCAACAAGAGACAACUUUCAUCAGAGUUGGUGAAAGUGGACUUGCCAUGGAGCGUCCUUCAAGCCAAGAAUCCCUCUUUUAAGGCAGCAACAAGAGGGUUUCACACUUGCACCGUUGUGGAUGAUAAACUUUACAUCAUUGGUGGAGAUAAUCGUCAGACAGAAUUUAAUGAUGUCUGCAUUUUUGACAUGAAAACUCAUUUUUGGAUCAAGUUAUCCGAAAAAUCCUAUUUACCAGCACCUCGUACUGGACAUUCCACCGUCUUGUACCAGGAUAAACUGUAUUUAUUUGGUGGAAGAUACAAAGGUUUUUACACAGCAGACCUAUUUGUAUACGAUCUUAAAGAAAAUGUGUGGCAAAAAGAGAAUAUCGGUAAAAAGAAACUGGUUGCAAGGGCCGCACAUAGCUGUUGCGUUGUAGACAGCAAAAUGUACAUAUUUGGAGGAAUCACUUCAUACCAAGGAAUGGACGGAAAAAUGAAUAGUGAUUAUCUCAAUAUUUUGCAAACAUAUGACAUUCCUCAAAAGAAAUGGCGAGUGAUCAAACCGAAAGGUCAAGCACCUUCUCCCAGAGCUGGUCAUGGAUGUUGUGUCGUCGGAAGAGAUAUUUACAUUUUUGGAGGAAGACAAGGAACGAUUGUCCUUGAUGACAUGUAUAAAUUUAAUGUAGAUAGCGAAAAAUGGAGUAGAAUAAUUUUCAAGGGAGACACAAUACCCGACGCUCGAGCAGGGCACACCAUGAAUGCUUUUGCAGGAAGUAAGCUAAUCGUUGUUGGAGGAUCCAACUGGGAAAAGUAUUUUUCUGAAGUUUACGUUUUUGACAUUCCAAGCAAGGUUUGGGUAAAAUGUGGGUUUGCAGGAAUAAUUCCAGUAGGUAGAUUUUGGCAUACUACCGUAGUCUAUGAAGAGGAAUUGAUUGUUAUUGGAGGAGGAAAUUCCGAACUAGUUGAGGGAAUCACUGUUGCCAAUUUGAAACCUUUACUCUCUCUUACUGAGGCUGUCUCGUUAACACCUCUCACUUCCAUUUCUCCAAUGCCUUUACCUGACAUACCUCAACCACCUAAACCUACCACAAUGAAGAUCAAGGCAGUACACAAGGGUGACAUGAGAAUAUUCACCAAAGUACCUGUGGACAUUUCAUUUUCCGAAUUGAAACAAUAUUUGUAUGGGCAGUAUGGAUUUCCUGUUGUGAUGAAAUAUGUAGAACUAAACGAUGAGAAGGACGAAAUCACCAUACUCUCCGAUGAAGAACUUCAAGAAGCUGUUCGUGCAUACGCAGAAUUUAACAAAAAUUUACGAUUAGAGAUUAGUGAAGAAAAAUCGGACUCUUCAGACAAAGUUGAAGAAGAUUCUCUUAUACUUCAGCAAGGAACUGACAUUAAGUGGCAACGAGGAGAAACCAUUGGUAGAGGUGCUUACAGCGAAGUCGUUAAAGGCUUUAAUUUAGACACAGGUGGAUGGAUGGCUGUAAAAAUAAUAGACAUCUAUCGUUAUGAUCCGGACAAAGUUGAGAAGGAGAUUGCUAAUGAAAUCAACUUGAUGAAAGAUCUACACCAUGAAAAUAUAGUCCGAUACAUUGCUGCCGAAUUUAACAAGAAAAGAACCAAGCUAUUUAUUUACCUCGAACUCGUAGAGGGAGGCAGCAUAGACGCAAUUGUCAAAGAAUUGGGACCUUUGGCAGAAAGCGUUGUUAGAAAUUAUACAAGACAAAUUUUAUUUGGUCUCAAAUAUUUACAUGACAAGGGUAUCAUUCACAGAGACAUUAAGGGAGCCAAUAUUUUGGUUGACGGCUCUGGUACUGUGAAAUUGGUAGACUUUGGUCAUUCCAAAAAACUUACUGAUAACCAUCAAACUUAUAGUGUUAAAGGUACACCAAUGUGGAUGGCUCCUGAGGUUAUCAGAGAACAAAAAUAUAGUAAGGCUUCAGAUAUUUGGAGUGUGGCUUGUACAGUAGUAGAAAUGAUUAUUGGUGGCCUACCAUAUCCUGAUAUGGAGAAGAGAGAUGCCAAUUACGUCAUGAUACGCAUUGCAGAGGGGAAAACGCCACAAAUACCUGAACAUUUGAGCGAAGAAGGAAAACUAUUUCUGAAGAAAUGCUUCCAGCAAAAUCCUGAUGUUAGACCAUCAGUCGAUGAUCUCUUGAAAGAACCUUUCAUGGCCAAGCUGAGAUAUGACGGAACCUCUAAACUGGUGGAUAGUGACGAGGAUAUUGAUGAUUUAUGGAACAGUGACGACGAUUACUCAGAAAUUGACGAUCAUGAUCAUGAUGACGAUGAAGACGAUGAUGAUGAUGUGCCUACUUCUAAGGAUAAUAAGGGAAAAGGACCCAUGACACCAGAGCUAGACUAUCACGAGGAAGAGGAUGAAGAAGAGGAAGAAGACAUAAUAGAGGAAGAAGAUGAAGAAGAUUCCGAAGAUGAAGAAGCAUAUGACUCUGAACAGGAAGAAACAACCGAUGACGACUCACUUCCACAAGCAGAGGAUCGUUUUGCACAGAGCAUUUCACAACAGCUGAGAAACAUUAACGCAAAUAAUCCAGCUAAUGCUCUCAAUUACACACCUCCUACCAUCUCGACGUCGACCAUUUCGAAACAACAAACACCUGAUGCUUCUUCAAAGGUUCCUAGAGGAGUACAACGACCCAACCUCAAUCUCAAUCCCUACGCAUUCCAAUCCAUAACCUUAAACUCCACUGCAUCCACUCCAGUCACAACACCCCUUACCAGCAGAUUUGGACUGGGCAGCAGUAGCUCUUCAGUUGCAGGAACAUCUUCCAAAACUGGUGCCUCGUCAUCAGUUGCAGGUGCAUCUUCCUCAUCAUCCACAACAAGAAAUGUUGCAGCAUCGUCCUCUACUCAAACUGGCGCUUCAUACAAUGAAGUGCUCAAAUUCUUGUCAAAGAAGCAUUAA